UACACCUCCCAGAAUCCCUUGCGUUUGAAGCGCGUGCUUGCAACUGCGGGGGGCAUCGGGAUUGAUAGGGAUGUUUCCAUCAUGGCGGCAUCCAUUUCAGGUUAUACUUUCAGUUCUGUGUGUUAUCACAGCGCCAACAGCAACUCUGAUCAUGAGGGCUUCCUGUUAGGAGAAGUAAGGCAAGAAGAGACUGUCAGCAUCAGUGACACGCAGAUCAGCAGUGCAGAACUGCUCCAGGUAGUAGAAAUCCAUCACCAUGAUCCCUGUGCACAGUUGUUUAGCUUUUAUGACUACGCAGGCAAAGUCAGUGAAGAAAAUCUCAACAGCAUUCUUAAAGAUAGGCGGAAAAAUGUCAUUGGUUGGUACCGGUUUCGGAGGAACACACAGCAACAAAUGUCGUUCAGGGAACAGAUCAUCCACCAACAGCUGACUCAGCUGCUCGGUGUGCCGGACCUCGUCUUCCUUCUUUUCAGCUUCAUCUCCACUGCCAACAGCUCCACGCAUGCACUGGAGUACGUGCUCUUCAGACCCAAUCGCAGUAGGUACAACCAGAGGAUCACCCUUACGAUCCCCAACCUUGGCAACACAAGCCAGCAGGAAUACAAAGUCUCCUCAGUUCCCAACACCUCAAUCAACUAUGCCAAGGUCAUCAAAGAGCAUGGGGCUGAAUUCUUUGACAAAGAUGGUGUGAUGAAGGAUAUCCGAACAAUAUUCCAAGUCUACAGUGCACUACAAGAUAAAGUGCAGGCUGUGUGUGGGGAUGUAGAACAAAGUGAACGUGUGAAGGAGAAAAUUCAAGAGGAUGUAAACCAACUCAAACAACAAAUUGCUCUCAGGAAACGCAAGACGGCAGAUGAGGAGAGGAGUCUCCGUGAGGCCCAAAAUGCAGAUUCCCAUUCCACUCCAGAGGAGAACACAGAACCAUCUGAGGCUUCCCUUCUGUCCAGGAUGACCUUCCACACACCUCCUGCCCCAGAGCGGCCCAGUACCUCACCUAAUCCACCAUCUUAUGCUGACCUCUUGACACAGGAUGACUCUCUGCCCUCCUCUUCUUCCCCACCCACCAGUGCUGCUCUACUGCCCCGUCCCCAAGCUGUGGGCUCUCCAGGACACCCUACCCCUGGCCCACUGGGGAUGGGCCAUGGCCUUGGGCUGGGCCUAGGCCUCAGCACAGGCUCCAAUACCGUUACCACUCCCAGCACCCCAUACCUUGGCAAUGGUGACGGAUCGAGCUCUGACUCAUUAGAUAGACAAGCUGCAGGGCAGGAAGAUGACGAUGAUGACGAAGAUGAAGACAGUAGCGAAUAUGAGAACUUAGUGAGUGAAGCAGCUCAUCUGCCAAUGGCCAGCGUUUUAGCUCAAGGACGACCAGCUGCCCUCAGUCCUGAUGGGGACGCCCGCGGCUCACAGACCACAUAGAAGCAUGCCACAGGGUGUUUAAAGGACACAUAAGCACCUUGAGAGGAGGGCAUCUCAAGCAAUCAAAGAUAGACAGAUAUAGACAAAAGAAGUGCCAGACCUGAAAGUGAAAGGCAUGCGCUGUGUGUAUUUCUCCUUGUCUUAGUCUGAUCUCCAUUUUAUGGGGAAACCUUGCCAGGGUUAAGAGGUGUGUCUCACUGGCGGGAAAAGUCAUCUCUCUUCAUUUUAUCCUUUUCGGAAUGGGGUCCUUCAGUGUGGAUGUGUCCGGUUUCAGGGUCAGAAGUGGAUAUUACAGCGCGAUGUAUGCCAGCUGGUUGGCAAGCCGCUUUCCUUAAAGACAGACCGUUUUCACUCUUUCGGUUUCUUAUCGUUUCACAUUUGCAUCAACAACUCAGAGCACCCACUCUUGCAUACCUCUUGCACUUUUUUUGCCAUCUUUUAAACAAACCAUCUUAGAAAAGCAUUGGGAAAAUAUUCUGCGGCCUUCAAUUGCUUUUUUAAUUUUAUUUUUUAUUACAUAGGCAAAUUGUUAAAUCCUUAUUUUUGAUUUGAAGAAAGAAUAUAUAUAUAUGUAACUAAUUUGAUUUUUGACUUAUUUAUUUUUUUUCAUGUUUUUCUUCAUUCUAUAAUCAUACAGUUGCCUAUUUAAAUGAUGAAGAAUAGAUUUCAAACAAAAUUUUCUUGCCACUUCUAUAAUGGGUGCUUUAUAUAUACAAAUAUAUAUUUUGUCACAUUAACAGUAAUCUGAUUUGAUUGACAUGGAUGUCAAUGUCUAGUUCUUCUUGGAUAACACUGAAAUUGUAUGCGCUUUGCUGCACUUAACAAAAUUAAGAUUUCUUUAUUAUUGUGCUAUACCAAUGCUGUCAUGUUGUGCCACUUGAGUUAGUCCUCCUUGACCAGCCUGAGCCAAACUCGGCUCAGCUGUUGUGCAUUGUACAGGGUUCACAGGGCAAAGAAAAUUUACUAUAGCUUUACUAACCAGAUGCUUACGGUUCCCUUCUGCUGCUGCAAAACCAAGAACGACCACUAAAAACUUAAUCUGUCUGUUGAUCUUCAUAUAAAACCUGGCUGCUACUGUCACUACACAGUGCUGGUUGUCUGUAAUACUACUGACAGUGAUCAUAUAACCACUUCAAGCACACUUCUCACUGUUUUGUUCUCUAUUAAUGUCCUAACAGAAGGCUGAUUCCCCCUGUAGUGUAGCGUGUGCAUUGUAACCUUGGGAACGGAGAGCAGGCAAUCACCCUUCCUGUCUCGGCAUACUUGACAGCAGAACUCAUGUAUUCUGACCUGGUUGGGUCAAUGUUAUGUGUGGACCUGGAUAAUGUGACGAAAAAACAUUAUGAGCUUGCUUCAGUACACAGUGCCUUCCACUCAGGGCAGGUUCUAUCUGCACACAGAUCAAAUUUACAGAUCUAUCUUGAGGGGGGAAAUAAUAACGAGCUUUGUUGUCUUUGCAAAAUAAUUGACUUCCAUGCCUCCCUUCCUUUCCUUGAUGGUGUUCCGUUUUGUCUUCCUGAAACAAUCUUCACUGCUUUCUCGACCGUUUUUUCCCUUUUUAAUUGUACCGACACCUUCAAAUUGGACCUGUAUCCCAUGGGUGCGGCUGUGACUUUGCUUGCGUUAUCAUUUGUAACUGGAAUUAUAGCUGUAAGAUUGGGGGGAUCUGUUUAGUGAGCGUACACCAUGCAAGUUUUUAUGAUUUAAAUUUUUUUUUUUUUUUUUACAUGUGGCCCAUUUGAAGACAACUGAGGUGUGGGUUGACACCCUUCUUGCAUGAACUGCUCAGUUCUAGACACUUAUAUUUAGCAUGGACAGAUGUUUGCACUGCACAUGGAGGGUGUCUACCAUUGUGAUCAGCAGGUUGCACUAAAGUCGUCUUGUGGUGGGAGAAGUUUUGCCUCGUGAAAAAGAGCCGCUUUAUACACACUGCCUGUUUAUAAGUCAUGUUUUUUAGUUUUUUUUACCUAAGGGUCUUUUCAUUUGCCCUGAUGUAUAAUGCCAAUGCAUCACUGACCGGGAGCUGGCACUCAAAAUGUUACUUAAUAAUCACUGAGAGUAACACAAUCACACAAUGUUAAAAAGAAAUUACAAAAUCAAUUUGCUUGGACUAUGGUUUCCUUUGAGUACUGGAAUAUAAUAAGGAAAUAAAUAAUGAAUGUACAGUAGACAAGGGAGGGGUAGAAUUUAAACAGCACUUACUGUAUAAGCUUAUCUCCGUUGAGUGUUGUGGUAUAGAGCAGCAGUUUUCAGUGUUGGUCCUUACUUUUAACCCUGGUCCUCAGGCCCCAGAUGAAAGUCUUACUGUCUGGCAUCCCCAGGUGCAAACCUGACUUGAGGGCCAGAAUGAAAACCUGCGGGUCUGUGGUGCUCCUAUAUCCUAUACCUAUAAUGUUCCAGCAUCAUUCUAAUGUGCACUCAUGUUCCUUCCUGCCCUGUGUGGACUAUUGCAACAUCAACACCUCCCUGAAGCACAAAGUCCAGUGCACAGCUUAGAUCUUCUCAGUUUAUGUGUUGAUUUGUGUACUUGACGAAAGUAAGACAAAAGGACUUGGUUGGACGAGCACAGAGAAUAUGGUUCUAAAACUGGGGGAUAAUAAAUGAGAUAUGCAUAUGUGA